AGCGUUGGAAUACUUUAAAUGUGGUGAGCGUAACUGUGGAGUGCAUGAGCUGAUCUGCGUCAGAAAAGGUAGGGCAGAUCAGAGCUCUGGGAGGUUGACCUUCGACCCCACACUGCCCCCCCACUCCACCUUCCUCAUCAGUAUUUAUCACUGUGAAGCUGUCAUUGUUAACACUUGUCCUUGUUCCCCAGUUCCACUGUGUUCAGGUUGUGCUGCCUUCACUGUUGCUGUUUGUUUUAGCCUUGUUUUGUUGUAUGUGCUCACUGCGUGUGUUCAUAGUUUUUCUAUAACUGCCAACUGAAAAUGUUUAAAUUAACUUCACGAGCACCUAAAUUUCAUUUCAAAUGUCAUAUUCUCUCAAGUCGGAAAGAAACUUUUAGGCAUGAAAGAUAGCUUUUUUCCUUAUACACGUAUAUGUUUGUCUAUUCUGUUGUCAGGGAGAUUUCGGCGUCAAAAUAUGUGUUAAUAGAUUUUUAAGCAUGGUAACGCUUAAGGUUACAGCCAAUUACAGAGUAAUAUUUACAUACGGGGUAAAAGCUGGUUCUCUUACAUUUGAGCCCAAUGUAAGAUGUGUUUUGUUUUGUUCCCCAGCAAAAAUGAUUUACAGACUAUUAAUAAUAAAGUAAGUACUCUGUGCAUUAAGAAAUUUUACAAUGUAAUUUCCCAAAGUAUUUUUUUGUAAUGAUUUUUUUUUAAAUUAUACCCUAACUAAUUUUAUUGCAAUUUCGGCACUGUUAACUCGUUUUACCAAUUUUUCCUGUCUUGUUACCUAGUAACAAUUACUGCAUCCCAUAAUUGUUAAAUAGGUACUGACACUAUAAUUUAUUAUGCCCAGUAAGUGUUUAUUGAUACCCUAUACUAAAUAAUUACACUGUACUUUGCAGGCUGUAAUCUGAAAUGUUACCGUUUUGUUUCCGGAUUUAUAUUAUAUAUAUGUAAUAUAAGUGAGUAAACAUGAUUUGUUUUGGAUGUAACUGCAUGUAUUGAAGAUCACAAUGGUGCUGCAACUGUAAAGUUCUGUAAUAACAAGUUUUUUAACAAAUCAGGCUGGUUAGAAAAAUCAUCAUGUUGCACUCAGUGCCUCUCUUUGCCAUGGCAGUAUUCAUAUUCUGGAUGGAGAUGACUCUCUUUGAAACCAAAUAAAUGCACAAGUAGAUUUAGAGGGUGCUUCAUCACAGUGUAUGAACCAGCUGAAUGGUCUGGUUGUGUAAGUGUGUGUUUGUGUGUUUCAUAAUUUGGGUUAUCCCAUUUGUGUUUUGUGAUUGAUUCCAGAGGGGUGUGUGUGUGCAUGUGUGUGUGUUUGCAUGUGUGGACAGGUUUGUGGCUACACAUUAGGUGUUUUGCUUCAGAGCAUUGUCUGAACUUGUGUGGGUGUGUGUAUGGGAGUGCUGGUGAGAGUGCUCAUGGACUGGCUGUGAAGUGUGUGGGUGUCUUUGUGGUUUUGAGAUGGUUAUGUGCUUUUUGACAUUCAACAUGGCAGCUGUUUCCGUGUGGACAGAACACAGCAAAGCCAAUAUUAAGGAUAUUUGUCAACAGUGACAAUAAAGCACUCCAACUUGCAGAACUUAAACUAAAGCACAUUUACAUUAGUUUUCAACAUAUGUGCAACUGCUUUUCCUCAUUGUAUACUGUUUGAUCAUGUGCAAAUACUAUCAAAUACCUUUCUUAACUCUGCUCCAAACACCAAAACCUAAACAUUAUUGACAAUUUUAGGAACCAAGCGUAAGUACAACAUCAUCAGCCAUCCACCCAUCUAUUUUUUUUUUUAGCCACUUACCUGAUUCAGGUCGCCAUGGCAACAGGGUCCGCUGAGCAACCCAGAUGUCCUUUUCCCCAGCAACGUCCUCUUGCUCCUCCUGGGGGCUCUCUAAGCGCUCCCAAGUAUUGUGGGGAUGUAGUUCCACAAUGCCUUCCAGUGUGUCCCGUGUCUUACCACCGUCGGACAUCCCCGUGUUGAAGGAUGAUAGCUGAGAAGGACACUGUCACUCUCACUGUCAUUGUUGAGACUGUUCAAACAAAUCAUAUUUUGCCAAUCAUCAAUCAAGCUGUCAGAGGACUUUAUGUUUAAAUGAUAAGCGUAGGUGUGUCUUUGAUUGUCUGGAUUAUGAUGUUAAAAUUCUUUAUUGGUUCUAACUAAAGCUACAGUAUUUGUAGCCACUGUAGUUUCAUGUGUCACCUGUUGAUCACUAAUAUCUAGUUUCUACCUUCAAACUGAGCCUCAUGCAAAUCAAUUGACACACCGGAUGAAUAUCAACCUAAACUGCCUGCACUACAACUGACUGCCAUCUGAAUACAGUCUGUGUUAAACUCUUUUAUUUUUGGAGACUGGUAUAGGCAUCUUUGAUAUUGUCAGGUUUUCUUUCCUCCAAAAUCUUUUAACAGUUCUCCUUCAUGAAAAGAAUCAAAGUGUCCACAUUUAUCUCCAUUGCAUAUACCUAAUUUAUUAUCUGAGCUUUCAGUCAAAGAGACUGUUGUUGUCUUGGAAAUAGAGUUUGAUACAAUUUCUCUCACGUGUGAUUUUCAUUUUAUGUCCAAAUCCACCCCAAACACUAACUUUAAAGAAAAGGUGUGUGGUACAUUUUAUAACCAUUACAUAGUUGCUUUCCCACAUUAUUGUUCUCUGAGCUUCUUGUGUAACAAAGUCUGUUAUUGUUUAAUGUUCCUGUGAGUCAUCAUUCAGUCCCCCACACAUUAUCUAAGGGCUGUUCUCAGUAUGUUAAUGGAAUACAGCAGAUUUGGUUCAAUAAGUCAUAUUAGCUAAAACUGAACAUAUUCUGUAUGUGUGUGCGUGUGUCUGGCUGCAUUUUUCUGUUGUGCUUUACUCACAAAUAUACUGUAAAUUGCUCUAUAAUUUCUCUUACUUAUUGUUCAUUUAUAGUCAAAACAUCUUACUUUAACUCAUUUAUUUAAUCAAGCACUUUUUAAUCAUAUGAAUUUUUACUUAUCAUCAGGAUCAUUUCCAGUUAGUUCCAGUUAAUGGCUGCAGGUUUGAAUACUAAAUAAGAAGCAACUUGAUCCCUGGUAUGUAAGGUGAGAAUCUAAAUGCUACAGACUUAUUUUGCAUUUAAAUUAAAGAGCGGUGAGCUUCUGUUUCAUAAAAUCAAACAGGAAAAUGAGAAAUAAGACAUCACCUAUACUGUGUGAAGGGAGUGAGGAAUGAAACCUGAAUACAGAGUUUGUUAUUAGAGUAAAAAAUAUUGUAGUCUGAAGUCAGGAAGUCAAAAGUAAAGAGAGAAACUGUCUGUGGAUUUCUGUGAUUGAAUAAUAUUUUCCCUGUUUGAGCCAGUUGGGGAAUUAUACAGAGCAGGAUCCCGCUCCAUCUGUGCUGUGAAUAAUUCAGUCAACAGUGAGAAGCUGGUACAGUGUGAGCAGACAGGCAUUCCCAUGGGAGAACGCCUGCUGCUCCCACCUCACCAUGUGACCAAACAUUGUGGGCUACCAACGAUAAUCCAGGCUCAUUACAGCCCAGGCACAUUUAACAGAAAACCAAUAAUUACUUCUUUUUUUUUGUUUUUUGCAGAAAACACAUCUCUGUAUGCUAAAAAAGUCAAACAGGAAGUUGGAAAUAACAGCACAGCAGGUUGUGUAGCAUUCUUUUCGAGUUCUUUAGGUGUGAAAGAGUUAGUCUGGCUGUUAAACAGUAUUAUUGUUAAAGAAGAUUUGACAGCUCAUUGUUUUCAUAGUGGAGAAGUUAGAUGAAUCUAAUUAAGCAUUAUGUGUGCAUGUGUGUGUGUGUUUUGAGUGGAUGAGCUCACACUAUAACACGCACUGGACAUCAUCCUGUUAUGUCUCAUUUACUUCACCCAGUCUUUCCAAAAACAUAAUAAAGACAUAGUAACAGACCAGAGUCCAGUUAAUUGCUACAGGCAUUAUAUUGGCAUUAUAAAUAACAGAAAGCAUCAUCAUCAUUGAUUGGAAAAUAAGAUGUCAUCUAAGUACACUUUCUUGCCAAAUGAGCUCAUUAUCUUGAAUCAGUACAGAGGCAGUCAUUUGGUUUAAUUGAGCAAAAUGGACUUUACAUAUAGUGAUUUCCAUGUUGAAAGCUUAAUUCAUCAUUGUAAAUGAGCUCAGCAGCAAUUUGAGGAGUGAACAAUAUAGUCUUUCUAAUCGCACUAAAAAAUCUGUUGUACCUUUCCCCCCUCUUAUAUUAUCUAUUUUAUCACUUCUCACUUCUUCUUGCUUAUAUGACCCCUCAGUGACUGUCUCAGACAUAAUGCUAAUGUUGCGGAUCUAGUACUGUAUAUAUGCAUAUUAUUAUUUUUAUUUUAACACUUAAUUUCUAUAAAUUAUUAAUAGUUAGGGGGUCAAACUAUAUCAGUCCACCCAUGAUACUUUAGUUAACUCAUCAUGAGGAGUACUACACAGAGUGAUAAAUUGAGUAUAAGUGGAAGUGGGCCCUCACCAUCAUCCUGUGGAUGUUGGAGAGAGUACAGAGCGGUGCACAAGUUUUCUUUUUCGAUCACAAACUUUGUGGGAAAAGGUUUGUCUGCAGUGUUUGAUAGUGUGCAGCGGUCAUACAUAAAAUCCUGGGUGCGGCCUGCAUCUUACACUGAAUACAAACCUUCUCUGCAACACUGAGAAACAAGAAACAGUAUUUGCCAUUUCAUCCCAUAAUGCACCACACGCUAUAUUUGCCUCUGUUCUGAUCUGUAUUGUCCUUACUGACCACAUGACGUGCACAUGACCACACCUGAUGUGACAAUUUUAUUUUAUUUUUCAGUCAUUUGCAAAGACAUAAUCUACCUUGAAUAAGUAUUUGCAAUGAGUCACUCUCAACAAUAAAGGCCGUUUACUGCCAUUGCACAGAAUGGUUACUGCCUCAUAGCCUUUAGUAGCGUUUGAAUAGCAUGAGUGCAGCUCCCUCCCUAAAUUAUGGAGGAUGCCUAAUUUAUUAAGCUAUAAAAAUGAUUUGUUAAAUGUGCCCCUACUUAAAUAGAGUAGGAAUUUCCCUCAAAGUGACAUUUUAGUAUUAUGGAGCAUUUUGGUUUUUUUAACGCGUAACAGCUUGUGAUCAGUCACUGACCCACUCAUCCUCUGUGUGUGCCUGAUUGCAACAAAUUAUUUUGCCAGUGUAAAAUGUCAAAUUCAUUUCCUGAACUCCCUGCAGGAGAUGACAGUCGAUCUCUGGAACUGAAGGUUGAUAGCUCCUGAACUUUUGUAGAGGUCUAUGAAGUGAAAAUGUUCUAUUAAAUUAUUGUGGUUUAGUUUUUGUUUUUUCAGAUUGAAAGGGUUACAUUAAGUAGUUAGCAGCGGUUGAGGACAAAGAUGUUAAGCUCAUUUGAUCACUUUGAUGUCACGAGGUUGAUCUACUACCGAAGAGGAGAACAACAGGAAAGCAUUACGUUCUGAUAGCUAAGACAAGAAGUCUCCCCUGUGGCCACGCCUGAUGAUGACAGCACCGCCAUGAAGGUGUUGGAAGGUCGUAUGCGAGGUGGAAGACCAUACAGCUGGCUAUCGAAUGUCAAAAACUCCCUCAGAUUGUCGUCAUCAGCAGGGUUCAUUUUGGUUUUACAAAUCCUUUCUGCAUGUCUAAUGAUGUUUUUUUCUCAUACCACACCGUAUCUAUUGAUGUGUGGCAUUCAGCGUUGCGUUUAAUAAGCUCUGACUUGCCCAUGUGUCUGGAGUCUGGAGUGAUGCUGCACCUGAACCUGUUGCUAUGUCUCUCCAGAGGUGCUGGGGUUUCUGACAGCCAUUGGACUCUUCAUCAUCCUCAUGACCCUCCUGUUCUGGUACCUCAACAACAAGUUGGCACUAGAGAACCCAGGGAACCUUCAGUGCCUUGAUGACUUCAGGAAAAAAGCAGAGCUGCAAGACAAGGCCUACACUGAUGCCGACCUGCAGGGCUCAUCGUCGGACAGCGAGGAUGAACUGAUGGGUCAGUAUCAGGAAGCGGUCAGCCGCUCCCAAGGCCUCCGGGGAGGAGCCAAAGCAGCCGCUAAUGUCAAACACACGGGAGGAUUCAGCUGGGAGAGCCGGCAGAAGUACAGCCCUCUGACGGCUGAUUAUGACGGCUACAGCAGCGAAGGCUCGGCUGACGACGCCAACUGUAUCCAGAGGAUGAGACGUACACCGCCGCUGGAUGAGCUUCAGCCACCUCCUUAUCAGGAUGAGAACGGCUCUCCAAGGAUGUCCUGUACACUGUCGGACCUGGGAGACGCCAAGUGUGAUCUAUCCCAUACCAGUGGCAGUCCCCACCUGUCCUUUGGCAAAUGCCCCAGUGAGGGCAGCGAUGGCCAUGAGACUGAGAGUUACCUCAACAAAGGCUAUGAGGAGGAUGUACCCAGUGACAGUACAGCUGUCCUCAGCCCAGAGGACAUGUCAGCUCGUGGAUCAGCAUCUCAGCUCCCUAAAGGUUAUGAACCAGAUCCAUUUUCAAAAUAUGGCACUCUGGACGUGGUGUUUGACUACGACUCAGAGGACCAGCAGCUGGCGGUCACCAUCAUGGCAGUAUCGGAUCUUCCCUCCUUAAAACGCACCGGCAACAUUUCCUGGCAGGUCCACCUAGUGCUGCUGCCCACCAAGAAGCAGAGGGUGAAGACAGGAAUCCAGAGAGGCCCGUGCCCAAUCUUCACGGAGACCUUCCGCUUUAGCCAUGUGGAGUCAGAGAUGAUCAGCAAUUAUGCCAUUCGAUUCCGCCUUUACAGUAUGCGGCGGAUGAAGAAGGAGAAGGUUCUUGGGGAAAAGGUGUUCUACCUCACCAAGCUCAACCUUGAGGGCAAAAUGUCUGUGCCAGUCAUAUUAGACCCAUGCUGUGCUCUCCCGGGUGGUGAAUCCCAGGUCAGUCUCUCAGAUAUGACAUGCAGUGAAAGCGCCUCAUCAUUCCAGUCAGUCAGUCAGACUUCCACACCAGAGAUCCUCGUGGGCCUGGUGUACAACGCCACAACAGGACGUCUCUCUGUGGAGAUCAUCAAAGGCAUCCAUUUCAAAAACCUGGCUGCCAACAAGCCACCCACUGUCCAACCCUUGUUGUCAGAUGGGCUGUUCUGUUGUCUAAAACACUUGAUAGGUGGACAGGUUUAUAUUAUCAGAGAUACAUAUGUUAAGCUGACCUUACUGAACUCCAUGGGCCACGAGAUGUCCAAGUGUAAGACAUCCAUCUGUCGAGGUCAGCCCAACCCAAUCUACAAAGAGACGUUUGUCUUCCAGGUAGCUCUUUUCCAGCUGUCGGACGUCACGCUCAUCCUCUCCGUCUACAACAAGCGCAGCAUGAAGCGUAAGGAGAUGAUUGGCUGGAUUUCGCUCGGCCUCAACAGCUCCGGAGAGGAGGAGCUCACCCACUGGACUCAGAUGAAGGAGUCUAAAGGACAGCAGGUUUGCCGCUGGCACAGUUUGUUGGAGUCCUAACAACAAGAGAACAGCAAGUGAAGGAUGUGCGUGAGGGUAACUGAACAGAGCAUUGUCAUCCUAGACGGGGAGAGAAUUGAACAAGUUCAGCUGGGAUAGAGGAAUAUAACAGACGUCCAGGGAACCAGGGUCAGUGGUGAUGAAGAAAAAGGAACAGAACAAUAUGUGUCUGCACUCAGAGUUGUUUAGCUUGUCAUAGCAUAAGCAUUUUCAUGGCACUGUAAAAUCACUGAUAGCCACUGAUGAAUCCUACGGCUAGUAAUGUGAUGUCAUUUUUUUCAUGGAUUGCCUUGUAAUGGCCUUUAAGUUUCUGUAGAUGGCACUCUGUUUUUGUCUGUGGUACUGGUUGAGCUGGGACCUGUUCCAAGAAGCAGGUUCUGGAUUACAUUUUUGAGUAAAUUAUUGUCUUGAUAAUUUUUUGUAUGCACACCUCCAGCUCAAACAACUGACGUCAGGAUUAUUCUUAAUCUUAUCAGUUUACAACUCUUGUAGAAGGCCCCGGAAACAUGGCCCCCCUCUUUUGUUUUUCUGCCUGUGUACUGUACAACAAGUUUAUGUCAUGAAUUUAAGGGUUGACCAAGAAAACAGUUUUAGAAGCCAGAACAGGACAUGCAUGGCCACUUUUCACAUCAGUAGUAGUUAGUUAUUUUCUACUUUGUUAUGGACUUUGCAUCACCAUUGUUAAAGGCCUUGAAAAUCUAUUUUCUCAGUCACUUUCUUACUAUGAGCAGUGUGGUCCCACAUGAACACAACAUUUUCAAGUUAGACAAGUUAGAACAGUUUUGGUUAUUUCUCACGAGAGAUUUCUAUAUUUGUGUUCUUGCUCCUUGUUUUUUUCACUGGUUUCAAGUGGGCGGGGCUUAAUUGGAAGGUGAUGUCAUGUAUUACAGAGCACCAGUCAGAGUUUAGCAACAUUUGAAUCAAAAUCUGAUGACAGUUGUGGGAUUGUUUGCUUAUGUUACCUCAAACGAACUACACCCACGCAGUCCUAAGGAAGCAGAUUAGCAGAGUUUUUGAGUGGCUAACUUCUUUUUCCGCUGUUUGAUUGUUGCUUAGUCAUUUAUUAAUGAAUAUUUAAUGUUGUAGAAGUAGUACUUUGAAACCAAGUUUUCAGGGACUUCAGCAAUUUUCAAGGUAUGAGAAACCGCACAAGUAAACAGGGCAACACCCAAUGCCAUGCUAUGCCCACAACAUCAGUGUACUUUUACUGUACUACUUAGUGCUUAAGUUUGAGUUUUCUCCAAAUGUCUGUUGUUUAAGCCAGAGGUGUGGCUACAUGAAGCUACCGUCACUGCUCAUGCUAGCUACCCUGUUCGUCAUGUAUUAAUCACAUUCAAAUCAUUGUUUUUGGGCUAGAAACAUAAAACGCACCACUUCUUCCAUCCAGGGAAGACAUUAGUGAAACAAAUUUUAUAAAUGAGUAUGGAUAAAAUUGAAAAUGUUGUAAAUGUUGAUGAUUAUUACUUUGCCAAACCUUAAUUCGCCUCAUCUCAGUCUGUCUUCUGCAAAUUCACAGCAAUUAUCUGUUGCAUUCAAACGUGUGCAAGACUCUCUGGGGACAGGGGCAUGUUGAAUGAUAUUUUAAAGGCCUAGGAAGCGGUGGCCAUUUUGGAUAGGUUUCCAGAGAACUAAUGAAGAAUUAAUUUGGAGACUUGAGCUGAAUUACUACACUUUCAUGAAUCCCUCUCAGUCGACACUGCCGAAGCAAAACAUCUCACCAUUGUCUGAACCUCAACUUAAGUAAACACAAGAACAACUAAAUAAUUUUAGACAUUUUUGUCAGGCAAAUAACAUUUAUGACAUAUAACCUGACAUCAGGAAGUGUCACGGUCGAUGCUGGGAUGAAGUUAGUAGUGAUCUCUGCAAAGAAAUAAGCAUUUGACAUUGUUUUAUUUUUGGAAAACACCAGUGUGUGGAAGCACUGACAGACUGAGACAUGUUAUAUAUAGAAAAGCGUAGUAGUUACUGCGGUGGUUGUGUGAUCUUGGGUUGCCAUCCCACUAUUCAAAAGUCACAGAAUGUCACAGAAAUAAAUACAAAGACAUUUAAUACACUUCUUUAUGGGUAUCUCUUAAAUAAAAAUAACUUCAUAACACAUCACAGCAGUAAAGCUAACAGGUGAGAAGAAAAUGUACCUGUUAUUCUCUUUUACCUGCUCUGGUGCUAUUAAGUGUUGUGGCUGCACACACAGAAUCCCUUGCCUUAUGGUUUAGUCAGUUUAUACAUUUCUUUUUAAGUGGACCCAGUACAAAAACAGACACAGGCACACCCUCAGAGCACACAGACCUGCAUCCAUAAUUACUGAAAGCACACACAGCACAGCUAAGCCUCACCGAAGGGAAUUUAAACUUUAAGUAAUGUUUUUAUAGGAGCCACAGUGUGCACUGACAAACUUGCAGAAUGUCUACAGACCAAUGGGUUGUAUUUAUAGCUACUUUCUCACUUAAUUUCAUUUACAGACAACAUAAAAUACAUAUACUCUUUACUGUGCCUGUGGUUGUGGUGAAAGCUAGCUUUGUGCAGUGUGUACCAAGUGGACGUGUGUGUGUGUGUGUGUGUGUUGACUGGAAAGGUACAGUAAAGGGGGCGUGGGGGGCUGUGAUAUAUAGUUGUUGCAUUUUCUUUUUGGGUGUGACAGUUUCUGAAUUUAAUCACCAGUAUUUAGAACAAAGUAACCCACUUCUUGAUUGUCUGCCAUAAACUUUAUAUACAGUAAAUGUUUUCUUAUCUAUUUUUGUAUCAAUAAUGGGGAUGAAAUCGCGUCAGGACAGUUAAAUAGUGAUUCUAAUAUUAACCCAAUACUAUUCUGGAUUGCUACUAUUGCUUAUUCCGUUAUUUCACUUUAUGUUUUAGAGGAGAAAGUAACACAGUUAUGUCUUAUAGCUCUGGUCCUCUCUACAUUCCCUUCUCUAAAACCAGAAAGGGAUGUGACGGAGACCUGCAGAGAUCAUCUCUAAACAAUCUGUCAAUACUUUUCAGUUUUGAUGCUUUUUAACAGUGUGAAACAAAAGCACAGCCUUUACAGCACAACAGUGAAACACACCAUGUAAAAGAUAGCUUGACAGUAGCUCACUUGUAAAUGUAGGGAUACAUACAUAUAAUUUGAAUCCAAAAUUGCCUGCUAAAAGUAAAAAUCCACUAUCCACCAAUAUUUGUUUUUUGAUCAACCUGGAUCCUUUGAUUUGACUUUAGUAAAUUAAUUCGUAUGUCUUGGCAUUCGACAACAUACAGAAAAAGGGGUGAGAUCUUGUUGAAUCAACAGAAUGUGUGCAGGAAUAUAAAUAGCUGUGUGAUCUUUUAUCAGUGGGUGUCUGAUGGCAGUCAUGCUCAUUAGUCAAGACAAUAUUAACAGUGAAGAAGUUAGUUUUUGUGCAUCUUGGAUUCUACCUGGAUGAUGAACAUUAGUGACAGUAAAGUUCUUCAGCAACUCUUUACAGAAAUAAAUUAUGGCAGAAAGAAUUAGCAACUGAAAAUUGAAAAUGUAUUUCAAAUAUACACUCACACUUUCCUGAGAGCACCACACAUCCUACAGUUAUUAUCAGUGUGAUUAAUGUGCCACUUAUUUUUUUAAUGUUAAAACUAGGUCUUGCUAUCCACCUACGGAAGCAAAGAAAGGCCAAAAGGAUUUUAAUCUAGCAAGAAAUGGAAUACCUAGAUGUGAAAUGUAUCCAUUACAUAAUUUGAAUACUGCUGAAUUCAUAGCUUUGAAACAUUUUAUUUUGAAAACCACCUAUCUGAAUUUAUGUGGUUUAAAAUUUAAAUUAUUUACAGGAUAAUUUCAAGUUGAAAGAGAAGUUCAGAUGAGCAACUGGAAACCACGGACACUUGAAUUUUCUAUUUGAAUUUGUGAACAUGGAAAAAAAAGACAAGUGAAAUUCAAACCACAUAAAUCAAGACGUAAUUUACUUAAUUUCACUGCUAUAAAUUCAGUGGUAUUUAAUUUUCGACAUUAAGUAUUCAGUAGUGGUUCAUUUUCACAAUAAGGUACUCAUUAACUAUGGAAGCCUUUAGGGGACUAUAUAACAAUGAUAAUGUAAACUUGAAAUGUAAUUCCACAAUAGCAUUGCAAUUUCCCACAAAUGUAUGUGUUAUUUGAGUAAAAAUUCAAAUUUAAUAUGCAAUAAUCCAAUUUUCAUUUUCACAUACUCGUAUGAGUGUUCUAUGACCAUAUUAAAAUGAAAAUGGAAAACCUGUUUGACAUAUAAUUUUCACAUUAUUCAAAUGUUAAUUCAAAUUUGAAAAUUAAAAUGCAAUAUAAAUUAUGUAACCUGAUUUUCCAUUUAUUCCAGCAAUAUUUAAGUCAAAAUGAAAAUGCACCCUAUAGGCUUCCAUAAGCAGCUUUUAAAAUUCAUAUUAUUAUGACCUUGCUUUGUUUCCAUACAAACAACACAAAGACCGGGCAGAACAAUCUUCUAGCUCAUUGUUUUGCCAAUCUUUCACAAGAUGUGUUCCACUAAUAAGGUUUUUAAAACAAUAUGUUUAUGCUUUGCAGUAUUGUUUCUUUUACUUUCAUUUUCUUGACACGUUUUGAAAAAUCUGCUGGUAUUUAAUGCUAGUUUUAAUUGGUGAUUUUUUUCUUUUAGUUUGGAAACUACCUAUGCCACAGACGGCAUUGGUGCCUUACUAGGAUUUCACUCAGCAACCUUGUGUCACAGUGUCUUAAUGUACUUGUAAAUUAACUUUUCUUCUGUACUUCAGGCAAAGUUUGAUUUGUAAAAUGUCUUACAAAUUGAUUUAUGAUAGAGAGAAUUUCUAUGUGAUGAUAUUAUUGUUUAAAAAAGAACAAAAAUAAAAAAACAUGUUUGUGUUGGA